AUGUUUCCAGUGCCUGACAUCGGUGUGUCGGCGCUGCGGCGUUGGUCUGCGGCCAUCGUGCGGGGCAUCGGUGGACACCGCGGCAGGAGAAGGCUCCGGCUGCGAGACCUGCCCUCGGGCACCGGGAGGCCCGGGGCGGUGGAAGUGCUUUUCAAACUCAAGAAGCUUACAGAGUUCUGCCGCAUCGACAAGCCCUUGUGCCACGAUGAAGACGAGCAGCUCAGCUUCGAAGCCGUCCGCAACAUCCACAAGCAGAUGGACGACGAUGCCAACGGCAACGUGGACGUGGAGGAGAGCGACGAGUUCUUGAGGGAGGACUUGAAUUAUCAUGACCCAACAGUCAAGCACAGCACCUUCCACGGAGAAGACAAGCUCAUUAGCGUGGAAGAUCUCUGGAAGGCCUGGAAGACUUCUGAAGUGUAUAACUGGACGGUUGACGAGGUGGUUCAGUGGCUCAUUACCUACGUAGAGCUGCCGCAGUACGAAGAGACCUUCAGAAAGCUGCAGCUGAGUGGCCAUGCCAUGCCCAGGCUAGCAGUGAACAACGUUACCAUGAUGGGAAGUGUCCUGAAAAUGACAGAUCGAAGCCACAGGCAGAAGCUGCAGCUGAAAGCUCUGGACACGGUGCUCUUUGGGCCUCCGCUCUUAACUCGUCACAACCACCUGAAGGACUUCAUGCUGGUGGUGUCCAUCGUCAUCGGCGUGGGUGGCUGCUGGUUCGCCUACAUCCAGAAUCGCUAUUCCAAGGAGCACAUGAAGAAGAUGAUGAAAGACCUGGAGGGACUCCACAGAGCUGAACAGUCUCUCCAUGACCUUCAAGAAAGGCUGCAGAAAGCUCAGGAGGAGCAUCGCUCUGUGGAGGUGGAAAAGGUGCACCUGGAGAAGAAACUGCAAGAUGAGAUCAGCAUCGCCAAGCAGGAGGCACACCGGCUCCGAGAGCUGCGGGAGGGCACGGAGAAUGAGCUGAGCAGGCAGAAGUACGCCGAGCAGGAACUGGAGCAGGUGCGGAUGGCGCUGAAGAACGCCGAGAAGGAGCUGGAGUCCCACUGCAGCUGGGCUGCGCCCGAGGCCCUGCAGAAGUGGCUCCAGCUGACCCACGAGGUGGAGGUCCAGUACUACAACAUCAAGAAACAGAACGCAGAGAAGCAGCUGCUGGUGGCCAAGGAAGGGGCUGAAAAAAUUAAAAAGAAGCGAAACACCCUGUUUGGAACGUUUCACGUUGCUCACAGCUCGUCUCUAGAUGAUGUCGAUCAUAAAAUCUUAACUGCAAAGCAAGCGCUGAGCGAAGUGACGGCGGCGCUGCGGGAGCGCCUGCAUCGCUGGCAGCAGAUAGAGCUGCUCUGCGGCUUCCAGAUCGUCAACAACCCGGGCAUCCACAGCCUGGCCUCAGCCCUGAACAUCGACCCCAGCUGGAUGGGCACCCCGCGGCCCAACCCCUCGCACUUCAUCAUGACCGAUGACGUGGACGAUUUGGACGAAGAGCUCGUGUCUCCCAUGUCCAUACAAUCUCCUGCCUUGCCCAGCACAGUUCGCCAGCGCCUGGUGGACCCUCAGCACGCCCACGGAUCUCAGAGGUUGGUAGAGAGUUACGUGCAAGGCCAGAAUGAGUCGGGCCAACCUGCCCAUUACCGGGCAGGCCGAGUCUCUCUCCGUCGAAUGCACAGCCUCUCCUCUGGACAGUCUUUCAGUUCUGACCUUCCCGGCACCAGCCCGUCAUCUGCUGCCACCGCCACCUCUUCCACCUCUUGCUCCUCAUCCACCACCACUGCAUCUGCUCCUGCUUGCCAUGUCCACCCUAUCUAUUACCAUCACACCACCUCCUCUUAUUUCCUUCAGAUGGACUCCACCCCUGAUCUGCCCCCUCCUGAUGUCACCUCUGGAGUUCGCUGUCGCACUGAGAGCUUUGGGAACAGCCAGCGGCGACGGCUCUUUGGAGACCUGUGUGCGAUAGGAUCCAAGGAACUGGUUAUCGUCCACAUCCCUAAACCCCUGAGCUCUCCUCAUUGA